AUGGCAGGAUUUGCCACAUACAAUGAGAAACGUUUCUGGGAGAUAACGAACAAGAAGGACAGCACGAACAUUUACAUCAUCGAUGGUGACGGCGGGAACAUUUCACCGACCUCUGAGGACCUCCUCAGGUCCAUUGAACAUUCUCGUCCUCAACUUUCUACUUACAAGAAAGAAAUUAGAGCCGCUAAUGGUUGGAUUAAUUUGAACAACAGAACAAAUACCAUUCACAACACCAUCUCAGAUAAAUGUGCACACACUCGCCAACACAGAGUAAACUUUUCAGAUGUCAUCACCCCAACCGCAAAGCACGCACCUUCUAACACGCGGAACAAAGUUGAAAGUUCCUCAUUAGCUUCCAGUAAAAGAAGUUCGGUGAGAUUCAAAACGUCUGCCCACAAGCGUGGAGAUCGUAUUCGGAAAAACAACAACGAAACAAUAAGCAACGACACCAAUGUGAUCAAAAAUAAAAAUUUGCGCCACACAUCUACUCAUACGGCGUCUCAAGCCGGUCCCCAUCAAACACGUCAUGAUUCCAAUGCGAACGGUAUUUUUAACUUAACCAACGAUUUGAAUAGCAAUAAAAUCACAAAUGUAGAUAGAGAUGAGAUGGAUGAAAGCGACGAUUCCGACAUUUCCGAGCCUCCUCGUGAUUCUUACAAGAACGUUGAUGCGAAGUUGAAGAACAAAAAGUGGAAAAAUAAUAACGUUAGAAAGAUCGGUAAUGAUAAAUUAAGGCGACAGCUAAGCGAAGCUGGCGAUGAAGAUGAAACAACUCAACAACAACAACAGCAACAACAACAACAACACCGUGCAGACCGAAGUGCUGCUCUACAUCAGGACUUCAACGACAACAACAAUUAUGGCGACGACAAUGAUGAUUACAACAACGAUUUUGUUGAUGACAACAACAAUUUUGUUGACGACGACAACGACAAUAAUGAUGAGGACAGCAAUGACGAUAACUGUGAAUAUAAUGGAAAUGGAUUGGCUCCGUCAAGAGGCAAAUGGAGAACUGAGAAAAAAGUUUCUGGAAAACUGAGAAAAAAGUUUCACGAGUGGGCGGUAACAAGCGUGCAAGCAAAUUGCAAACUUCUAAUGUUAUUUCUUCAUCUCACCGACUUAUAA